UGCCAUGCCCUUGCCAUCCCUUCUGCUGCAGAGGAGCUGGGCCGGCUCCCAGGGAGGCUGGCACAGGUUGCCCGUAUUUGUCAGAGAAGAUUACCCCUGCAAUUCCUGCAAUUGGUGGGAUCCUUUUCUUUUUCGUGAUGGGGACCCUGCUGCGCACUAGUUUCAGUGACCCUGGUGUCCUCCCCCGCGCAACACCAGAUGAGGCAGCAGAUCUAGAGAGACAAAUAGGUAACACCGAAGAUAUAGCAAAUGGCUGCAGUUCAGGAGGAUAUCGUCCCCCUCCCAGAACAAAAGAAGUGAUCAUCAAUGGACAGACAGUGAAACUAAAAUAUUGUUUUACUUGCAAGAUUUUCCGCCCACCUCGUGCCUCACAUUGCAGCCUUUGUGAUAACUGCGUAGAACGGUUUGAUCACCACUGUCCCUGGGUAGGCAACUGUGUGGGGAAAAGAAACUACAGAUUUUUUUAUAUGUUUAUUUUAUCUCUGUCCUUUCUGACAGUCUUUAUAUUUGCAUUCGUUAUCACCCACGUCAUCCUUCGUUCUCAACAAACAGGGUUCCUCAAUGCUCUGAAGGACAGUCCUGCAAGUGUGCUGGAAGCUGUGGUAUGUUUUUUCUCAGUAUGGUCCAUUGUUGGCCUCUCAGGUUUUCAUACGUAUUUGAUCAGCUCCAAUCAAACAACAAAUGAAGAUAUUAAAGGAUCAUGGUCAAACAAAAGAGGUAAAGAAAACUAUAAUCCCUACAGUUAUGGCAACAUCUUUACUAAUUGCUGUGCUGCUCUCUGUGGGCCCCUCUCUCCAAGCUUAAUUGACAGAAGAGGAUUUAUACAGCCAGACACGCCGCAAUUAGCAGGACCAUCAAAUGGCAUUACCAUGUACGGGGCCACACAAUCUCAGAGCAACAUGUGUGACCAAGAUCAGUGCAUUCAGAGCACUAAAUUCGUUUUGCAGGCUGCUGCCACCCCCCUCCUACAGAGUGAGCCAAGCAUAACUAGCGAAGAGCUCCCUUUGCCAGGAAAGACUUCUCUCAGUGGGCCUUGUGCAACUCUGACUCUAGGGCAGCCAACACCGCCAUCUUCUAUGCCUAACCUCACAUCAGAUUCAGGGCUGACAGACAUCAUACCCUUAAAAGAGGAGCACGAAGGCCAUCAGUUCCUGACUCCCGAGGAGGCGCCGUCGCCGCCCGGGAUGCUGCCCAGCGGGAGCCCCUUGGCGCACAGCCGCACCAUGCACGUCCUGAGCCUGGCCAGCCAGGACUCGCUGCACGAGGACUCCGUGCGCGGCCUCGUGAAGCUCAGCUCGGUUUGAACAGCUUUUCCGAGCCCCACGCCGUGUCCUGGUGUCUCUGCAAAUCUGUGCUUGGCGGGAAUGACGCUGCAGUACCGCUGCAAGGCUUCGUAACAUGCCUGUAAUGGAAACUUUAUCACUUAAUGGAGUCUACUAAAAGGACGAGUGAUUUUUUUCAAUGGAGCUAUGGCAUUUUUUGGACCAGGUUGUUAUCGGUUGUGCUUUGAUGGUGACUGCAUUUUACUUUUAAAUAAAAGCAGAAAAGGUCAAUAAUCUCGUUUUCUGAAGCUUGGGUACAGCGAGUUGGAAGUCAGCCUGUAGCAAACACCAUGUACAGUACAAAAGAGAGAGAUUCUUGGAUGUAAGUGUCAUGCUCUGUGUUCUAUGCUCUUGUAAUACACACUUGUUACGGCUUACCACACCUGUGGCCAGAAUGAUCUGCACUUACAUGUUAUGCUACCAAUAUUUGAGAUAGAAAAUUGCCAUUCCAUUUGUUAAUACAAAACAAAAAAAAGACUGCAGAUGUGGAUUUGCAUGCCACGCUACAGUAUGUGUUACAGUGGUGUUGGUAUUAAGAGAAAGUGCUGCUUUUUUAUUUGUGACUUUCAAAGUGCUGUUUCGUUUAAAGACAGUACAGCAAACAAAUGAAUGGACUAUAUUUUUUGAAUUUAUUAAAUUUUAUUUUAAAUUAAUCAGUGGUGCCUAGAAGAUGAUGAAUUACUGAUUUGAUCAUGUUGCAUAUCAUUUAACCUUCUGUUUAAGUGUUUAAGUGAGGUAUUGUGUUGUGCCAUACCACAAGAUUCUUCCACUCCCUAAUGUGAUACAAUUACCUGUGGACCUCCAAUAAAAUGACAUCCUCUAUUUCA